UUGUACUACUGAUUACCUCAUUGUUUUAUACUGUCGCAAUGUUUUACGCUAAAGUAGACCUAAAAACUAAGUUCCGUUAAUCAUUUAUGACCGAUGCCAAUGGUAUUGUUAAUUUUUUUCUUCAUUGGGGUAGAGUCCCAACUGAGAUUUGGGGUGUUUAGGGAUGCGCCUAUUUUUACCUGCGAAACAGUAGGUGCCUUUUUUAGUUCAGUUGAAGUUGCGAUCUAUUAGUGAUUACUUGUGCGUAAUAUAACUUAGAUUUAAUAUGUCUCAACAUCUUUGGUUGCUUGUAGAAUGGACAGAGGAAGCGGUAUUCUCGUCUUAUGGUAUUGUCACCGCCAAUUCCUUGAUUAGUGACGGUAGUGACGUGCAUGUUGGGAAGGUAGUUAACAUCAGGAAUAAACAUGGCAAUGGUAUUCGUAAGGCACAGAUCCUCAGGAUAUCCGAUAACAAGAGUUACGUUAAAGAACUUAAAACAUUAUUGGAACGACAAGAUCAACAAGUAAAAAAUGUCGUUUCAUUAUGUGUUAAUACUAUUAAGGAGAUGAAGAGUGUACCGGGAAACUUGCUUCUGGGUGAAAGAAGUAGCACACGUCAAUCUGUUCCAAGCCCAGUUGCUUGUCGUACAUCACAACGCUCAAACAUCCACGACGAUGAUACAUCAGACAGUGAACAAGAGUCGAACGUUCACAUCUUUAACGGAUCGACAAUCAAACAAAAUCACCAAUACAAUAACAAUGCGGAGUCAUCCCUCGCACUAUACAACAACCUAUCGUUUCAUAACAGCAAGAACAACCCAUUGUUACUUAGCAGCACUCCACUACCGGAACCGGUUUUAGGAAAAAAUAUUAAGAUUAAAGAAAACUGCAAUAAAAGUACACAAACAGAGCUCAACGAAAAAUUGCCUACUUUAUCAGCGAUCGAAGACGUAGAAGUAGUAGUACACAGACUUUACAAACAAUUCACGACAUUGGUAUCAAAUCUUCCUUUAAACGAUGCCGUAUCUAUUAUGUCAGAGACAUCUGACUGGGAGAGAACUAUACCGAAUCAUCAUACAAUUGCGAAUGAAUGUUCUACUUUAAAAGAAGAAUGGAUUAGCCAGAAUGUGAACACAAGUAAUCGGGAAGCGGAUCCUUCGGAAGCUGUGGGAAUUCGCGUGAGACGAGCUUCCGCCCACACUACAAAUAUUGGCGAACCAGUCCCCAAUAACACAGACAUGGUUCCGAUAGGAAAUGGUAGUGUUUUGGUGCCGCACAAACUGCUUGAAGAUUUGGAUUGGAGUUCGUAUACAAGCGUUACGAGACAAUUAUUACAAGCAGUAUUUCCACGCAGAGUGCUAGCGACCCAUUCGCUAUCAGGAAAGCAAUCACCAGCCUUCGCAAAUAAACCUCCUAAGAAACGCCUUGAUCCCAAAUUAGUCGACGACAUAGUUGAUACUGUUUCUCUAAGAUGCGGUGUUGACAAAAGAUUAGUAAGAAGCUGUAUUACGACAAAAUGUACCGACGAAGCGAAAUUAUACAGAAAUCGCCAACAUUUUAAACAUUUGCGUCAAAUGAAUCACAAUCAAGAAAAUGUGUUGAUGUCGUCCGGUUCAUCAAAUGCUUCAUAA